AUGCAAUGCCCCCAAAACAGUGGUUCUUUGUAUCAAAACUACAAAGGAUGGUUUAGUACUGUACUAUUGGCUGUGUGCGAUGCAAGUUACAACUUUACUUUAGUUGAUAUUGGCCAAUAUGGUAGUACAAAUGACAGCAGUGUGCCUAAUAACUUUGAAAUGGGAAAAGCCUUUGAGGUUGGGUCCAUAUCAAUACCUGAGCCAGACCGUCUUCUGGGAUGCAACCUAUCUCUUGUUCCCUAUUUCCUGGUAGGUGAUGAAAUCUUUGUGCUUAAACCCUGGCUGUUGCCUCCCUAUCCAGGGAAGAAUAUUAAAGAGGAGCAAAUUAUAUUCAAUUAUUGUUUGUCUGGAGCAAGGAGAGUAAUUUAG